GUCGGUGGUCGAGGGGGUGCAAGAUGACGAGUGCGCGGCUUUGAGUCAUUUCGUGCCGUUCCCUGCCCUUCCGGCUGGGUGCCAGGAACCUCGUUGAAAAGAUAGGGUGUGUGAGGGGCGUUGUGGUACCUCCGCUCCCCUCCUGGUGCUGGUGCAUCUCGUGCUGUUUCCGGAAGAGAAGGAAUUGCCAUCGUGUUGCGCACGCAAGUCGUGUGUGUGUGAGAGAAGUGGCAAAUCUAAGAGGUUUACCUUGGAGGCCGCCAGACUCCACCGCCAGAGCAGCACACCAAGACGCAAUCGCGCACCGAAACCCGUGUUAUCAGCUCCGACACAAGUUCGACGAGCGAAUUGCGACAACCCGGAGCUAGUCAGACCGAUGUGAAAAGGUCUAGUUUGUGAACCUUUGCCUGUUUAGUGUUAGAAAAGUCUUUACUGGCGACGAUUCUGUGCGAUUACCGGUCAGCACCACCAAUCAAGCGAAGGAAGUAUCGGGAAAAACGAAGGAGGAAAUGAUAGGCAUUUUGAGGAGCAAACCAUACUGAAAUCGCCAUCGGAAACGUUUCUUCGUUGGGAGUUUAGUGCCUGCUGGUGUACUUGUGGUGUAUUUGUAGAUACCGAGGAUAUACGCCCCACAUCCCAUCGACAUCAUAUCGACAGGCGUUUGAAUCGCUAGCUGGCAAACAUGCAGAAAAUGUAGUCUUUGUGAGAUCAUGCGGUAAAACAGAAGUGUUCGUUUGUGUGUCUGUGCGUGUGCUAAAGGAAAGGAACUCCAUCUCCGGUGCACGAACACAGGAGAAACGAUAAAUAGUGAGGCAUCACGCAGCAGCGACUCCGGCACACGACAUUCCCUUGUAAACUUCACUGGCAAACGGAGCCCAGGACUGUGCAUCCGUAAAAGGACUUCAAAAUGCCGCUUCCGAAGCGUCUGGUACAGCCGGUGUUCGUGGCACGGUCCGUGUACGUGCGCGAAGAGCUGCCGGCUGAGCUAGAAACAGUCACCAACACGACACUGACCAACAUUGUGCGGCAACUUUCAUCCCUCUCGAAGCAUGCCGAGGACCUGUUCGGAGAGCUGGCCCGAGAUGCGGGUGGUUUGGCGGAACGUGCCAAUUCGCUGCAGGCCCGAAUCGACCGGCUCGCAAUCAAAGUGACGCAGCUGGACAGUACCGUCGAGGAGGUGUCCCUGCAGGACAUACAGCUAAAGAAAGCUUUCAAGAGUGCGACCAUGUUCGAUCAGCAGAUUUUCUCCCGCGCCACAAUGCCAACGGCUAUGCUGGAGGUUUACAAGGCUUGUGACAAACCACCACCGCUUGAUAAGCUCAACUGCUACCGGGAUGAUGGAAAGGACGGAUUGAAGUUCUAUACCGAUCCGAACUACUUCUUCGAGUUGUGGCGUCAGGAAAUGCUGAAGGAUACCGAGCGCGUGAUGCACGAUCGGGGUAAAAAGGUGCACAAACCGGGUCGCGAUGGUACAGGCGGUGCGGCUGAAGGUGGUGGUGGCCGACAGAAGAAGCGCCCUCGUGCGCCGCACAAUACGCGCGAGAAGCAGCGACAGCGAGCGAUCGGUCACGGUGAGACACUAAUGCCGAUCGACGUUGCUUACCGGACGCCGAACGAGAUUGGAUUGAUGAACGAUGGCCAAAUCUACAACAGUGCCGCGAUCGGUGGUAAUCUCGUGUACGAAUCCCGGUCCUCGUCAGCGAUGGGAGGCGGCUCAGCCGUCGGUGCACCACGACCAAACUCGAUCGAAUUGCGACGAAGUUACCAACCGAACGAGAUGGUCGAUGGUGGCGGUUAUGCUCCACCCUCUCCGGGCGGUUACCGACAGUCCCAGCAGCAACCGAUUUACGAUCAGUACGGCAAUCCGUCGAUGAUGUAUGGUUCCAACCAGAAUCAAAUGUCACAGGAAAGUCUGUAUGCACCGGGUACACCUUCGCGAUCGAAAUCGAGACCAUCGCAGCCGCCACCGGCACCACCAUCAUCCGGUAGUGGUGGUGGCACUCCUAAUGCAUCUAACGCUAACACACCAACGCGCAGCCGUAGUCUGUCUACUGGUCGAGACAAUCUGCCACCUCCACCACCGAUACCGGAGGGAUUGCAAUCACCGCCCCAUCAUGCGCUUACCAAUGGCGGUGCGAACGUUGCCGCAAAACUGCUGAACCGUUCUGGCUCGCGUUCCGGUUCUCCACAGCUCGGCAUGAACGGUGGUCAACAGCAACAGCAACAGCAUCAGCAGCAACAACAGCAGCAGCAUCAGCAACAACACCAGCAAAUGGCAGUACAGUCGAUGAUGGACCAGAAUCAGGUGGCACUGGCUCAACUAAACCUGCAGAUUAACAAUCUGAAUAACCUCAAUAUGCAGCUGAAUCAGAUGUCAAUGAACGAUCUGCCUCCCCCGCCACCAAUUCCGGAACAGUCACCACCGAAUGUGGCGCCUCCGCCGCCACCGCCACCACCGCCAAUGCUCGAUGGACCGAUGAGCCCUUCGAAGGUGCACCUAGCCAACGGUGAUCCAUUUAACCUACCGACGAAGCAACAGCUUAAGAAGGUGCCACCACAGACAAAGAGCGGCUAUCACAACCCCCACAGCGAUUUGAUGAAAGCGAUCCGUGAUGGCAUUCGACUCCGCCCGGUGGAGACGCAAAUUAACGAUGCGAAGGAGAACGACCGCAACAAGGGUCUGCACGAUGUGGCUUCCAUUUUGGCGCGGCGCGUCGCCAUCGAGCUGUCGGAUUCCGAAUCUUCGGAGAGCGAAGAUGAUAGUGAGGGCUGGGAGGAAGCGAACGAAACGUCCGCAUGACAUCAGGAGAGCGUGGCCGCAGGCGGUGGUGGAAAGAAGAAGUAGAACGCGCUGCGGUGGUUCCCUCUCCCGGGUCGGGAUUAGGGGACGGUUGAAAGAGCUCUGUGUGGAGACCGAGCUGAUAGCGUUGGUGCUGGUGGUAGAUGUUCGAGACGCGAUGCGAGCCAAAAAGGAUUGGAGGAAGGAUAAACGUUUUCAGGAUUUUCUACAAGGAUUACACGGAGAAAGGAGGAGUCCCAUGGAAGUGCAACGAGUGCUGGUUUGUGCUGGUGCAUGGAUGUGUUACGCGGCCAACAAGAAAGAAGAUUACUGGUAGAUCCGAGAUUAAUAUUGCUACAAUUCUUAGGUUUGUUAAUUUGUACAAAAAUACGUUCUUAUUUUCAUUAUUUAUAAACGUGCGUACAUGCUGCUGGGACUUACCGAAGAUCCAAAGGCGAGUGCUAGCGUACUGAUUGUUGUUGAUGAAGAUACAGUUAUGCAUAGACACUGUAUAGAGUAUUCUUCUAAGUUCCCUUUGAUUUUCCCUCUCAAAUGUUUCGUAAUUCAAGUAUGAAUAAUCCAUCUCCAUUACCACAUAGGCGCCAACUUGGAAGGAAGGGGAAGAACCGAAAUGUAUAGCCAAAUCCCAUUUUUAUAUGAUCCUGUCUCCCCCUUAUAACCAAUAGCUGAUACCAAGUGAAUUCAAAAAAGAAAUCAAAAACCCACAAUACGCGAUAAAACUACGCCAAAAGCUAGUAGCAAAGCAAGUAAAGCACAGCAAGCUCGGCAGAACAUAACCAAGCCCACAGACAGAAGUGGAGCAUUAUAUGCUAGCAUCAAUGUAGUGACGUUGCCGUUUAUAUUGAAAAGCCCUUUACAUAGCAUCGUAGCGCAAAUUGAAGGCUCACAAGUAAAAUGUUCACUGUGCAUUAGGAUGCGGCUGUGGCAAACCAAGAGCACGCCAAACCGUAGCAUUUUGGACAUUUAUUAGCAGAGAGGAACCAGAACUGGAACUGCUCGUUGUAAAGGAGAGCAAAAGCAUUUUGGUAAGAAAGGAUAGGGGACAGUUUGAGCGUUCCAGCUUUAUUUUAUGUAACUGCGGAGGAUCGUAAAGGCGCCAUGCAUUUCUCGUGCAUUUAGCCGUGUCAAGUUCGUGCCUGCGUCUGUAAACUGCAGCCACAACACCAAGUUUAGCGUAAACACAUUGCGGUACUGGCUUGGCUUUAUGCUCUACAUCUUAUAAAUUCGUGAAGGUGAAAGGGCGUAAGAAUGCAUCCUAAAAUACUGCUACUCGAAACAACGAUGAUGCUACGCUUGUUUGCUUUAAUGUAUUUGUUACGCGUGGGAUUAGAAAAUCGAGGAAAAAGGAAAGCAAAAAGACAAUUUAAUGUUAUGACAUCGUCGGUGAGGAUGAAAUCAGAAUGGAAAACUCUGUAGAAAUUAAGGAUAAAACAUGAAACAUUUCGCUCAAAAUUUCGCCAAUAAGCUCGUCUAUUUGUUGUCGCUCAGCAUUCGACCGCAUCGUAGCACGAAAUCCCCGAUUUGCUAAGCAUUCUAGAGCUCGAUCGAUUUUACAAAAGCGCGGUUAUAUAAAAAACCUUCUCUUACCAACUCAACUAAUUGAAUCUACAAGCGCAUCCGAUAUGAUGAGGCAGCGAUAGACGAUUGUUUAACCACUGAGUCAUUUACCCUUUUUUGUUACUGCCUAUAAUAAUGCUCAAACUGUUUGGCGCUUAAACAUUGCUUCCGCGACGCUACUGUCCUAGUCUUAUCGUCUUUCUUGCUUAGCUUAAUGAAAUAUGCAGUUCCAGAUCGUGCAUCAUCGACAGUCGUUACCGCUUCGUCGAUCGGCUCCACAAAACACUGGUCCAUUCAAUGGGUACACACGUUAAUCAAUCAAAAUCAAUAAACUAUUCGACACAAACCCACAUAACUGUCACUCUCUCCUUUGAGCAGUACACUACCAAACCGCGCAAAGUGAUAGCCAAAACAAAUGCAACCACAAAUGCUGAUAUAAAAAAAAAAACAAGCAAACGAUAUGACAAAUUAUGAGAAAAAUAGUGACGCAAGUAG